ACGACCCAGCUAGUUCUAGGAUAGAAACUUGCUCAGUUGCUGUGCUCUACCCUUGUCUCCUUUCUACAUUCGCUAGGUUUUCAGGUUUUCAGUCGUGUCUGAAGGGAGAGAAAAACAGACAAAAUCAGAUGAUGUCUUGGGGCCUAACGAUCUUAUUACUAUGUCUUAUAGCACCGGCUGCAGCGGAAGUCGUCCCCUUCGCAAUGCCCGGCUGCCGUGAAAAUUGUGGAAGUAUCAGCAUCCCCUACCCAUUCGGUAUCGGAGAUCCUACCUGUUUCAAAAAUCCAUCCUUCGAGUUGGUCUGCAACGACAUAUUACACCCUCCAGUUCUUACCAUUAGUGACAUCCCGAUUCUGAAUAUUUCACUGGAAGAAGGUCUAGUGAAGAUCAGUCUCCCGCAAGCCCAAGAUUGUUACACUGAGGUCGGUUUUAGAUAUCCUCCAUUAUCUUCGUGGUUCUCAAAGGGCGAGCUGUUCACGCUCUCACAGAAGCGCAAUAUAUUCACAGCCAUAGGCUGUGACACCAUCGCUUUCGUGACAGAUUCCUCCGACGAAAACUUAGCGACUGGGUGCGUUUCUGUUUGCAACAGCCUCGGCAACGUAACUGAUGGAGUUUGCUCUGGUAUUGGGUGCUGCCAGUCCCCAAUUCCGACGGAACUCAACAAUAUUACCAUAAGUCUCUAUAGCAUCUAUAACCACACAAGAUGCUUUAGUUUCAAUCCGUGCAGCUAUGCCUUCGUGGCUGACCAAGAUUGGUUCAAUUUCUCAAGGUCAGACCUGUCGUUCAGUGGGGAUAGACCCAGAACCGCUCCGGCGGUGCUUGAGUUUGUUAUCGAGAAGACGACGUGUGAAGAAGCAGGAAAUGCAUGUGGCCCCAACAGCAAUUGCUCCACCUCCACAAAUGGUUCUGGGUAUCUUUGCCACUGUAAAGAAGGUUACCAAGGGAAUCCAUACCUUCCCCAAGGAUGCCAAGAUAUUGAUGAGUGUAGAGACAUCCACAACAAUCCCUGCGUGGAAGAAGCCCGGUGCGUAAAUACAAACGGUAGCUACAGCUGCUCUUGUCGACAUGGCUAUCGUGGUGAUGGUAAAGUAAAAGGAAAAGGCUGUAUCCGUGGUACCAAAGCAUUUCCAGUUAUAUCGGUUGUUGGAGGUACUGGUCUCAGCAUUCUCUUUCUACUUGCUUGUGUUUCUUUGUUAUAUUACACAAUGAAGAAAAGAAAGCUUAUCAAACUUAGACAGAAGUUCUUUCAACAAAAUGGUGGUUUAUUAUUACAACAGCAGAUCUCUUCCCGUAGAGGUGUUUCCGACAUUGCCAAGAUCUUUAGUGAAGAAGACCUUAAGAAGGCAACAAACAACUUUGGUGAAAGUCAAGUCAUUGGUCAAGGAGGUUAUGGCAUGGUUUACAAAGGAAUUCUACCAGAUAAAAGAGUAGUUGCCAUUAAGAAGUCUAAAAUAAUGGAUAAAAGCCAAAUUUUACAAUUUAUAAAUGAAGUUGGCAUCCUGUCUCAAAUCAACCAUAGGAAUGUGGUGAAGCUGUUGGGUUGUUGUUUUGAGACAGAAGUACCCUUGUUGGUUUAUGAAUUCAUCUCCAACGGAACCCUUUACGAGCACCUCCAUAAUGAAGAUCACACAUCAUCUAUUCCAUGGGAAAGUCGCCUGAGAAUUGCUUCUGAAACUGCAGGAGCAUUAGCCUAUUUGCACUCUGCACAUUCCAUACCAGUUCUUCAUAGGGAUAUGAAGACUGCCAACAUAUUGUUGGAUAGUAAUUAUAUUGCAAAAGUAUCUGAUUUUGGAGCUUCAAGGUUGGUUCCUACGGAUCAAACUCAAAUGACUACACUGGUUCAAGGGACAUUAGGUUAUUUGGACCCAGAAUGUUUUCAUACAGGUCAAAUAACAGACAAAAGUGAUGUUUAUAGUUUUGGUGUAGUCCUUGUGGAGCUAUUAACUGGGGAAAAACCACUGUCACCAGAGAGGCCUCCAGAACAUAAAAGUUUAGCCAUGUAUUUCCUUUCUUCAAUCAAAGAGAACCGUCUCUUCGAAAUACUCGAGAAUAGAGUUCUGAAUGAAGGAAACAAAGAGCAAUUAUUGGCUGUUGCUAUGCUUGCAAAGAGAUGCCUAACGGUAAAAGGUGAAGAAAGGCCCACAAUGAAAGAAGUGGCAGCAGAGCUUGAAGGGGUGAGAAAGUCCCAACAGCAUCCAUGGAUAGAAGGAAAUCAAGAGGAAACUGAACACUUUCUGGGUGAACCUUCAAACUAUACAAUUAGUAAUGGAAAUGCAACAGGUCAAGAAAGCUUGGGAGACGACUUCAUAUUGGCAAUUGAUAUUGCACGCUAAGAAUUUAGCCCAAUGUCUUGCAAAAAUCUUAAGUUCCUUUAUGUGCGAACCCUUGAAUAAUUAGUGCAAGUGUUUGUAUUAAAUAAAUUGGUAAUGUAAUCAAGAGUACAAAUUUUACUGCUUGUAAUA